UGUGCUUCGACUUAUUGAUAAUGAAAAAAAAACCAGCCAUAGGAUAUAUUUAUGAAGCCAUGGAUAAGGCUAAAGAACCCAUUGCCAACUCACUCAAUGGCAAUGAAGAGAAAUACAAGAGCAUUUUUGAGAUUAUUGAUGCGAGAUGGUCACUUCAAUUGCAUCGUCCUUUGCAUGCUACCGGAUACUUUUUGAAUCCUGAAUUUUUUUAUCCAAAUAAGAUGAGAAUUGAAUCUAAUGAAGACGUCAAUACAGGAUUGCUUUCGUGCAUUCAUAAAAUAGAAAAAAAUUUAGCAAAAGUUGACAUGAUUCUUGAUGAAAUUGAGAGAUACAAGGCAGCUGCAGGGACCUUUGGUUUUCCUUCUGCUAUUAGAGGAAGAACAACCAAAUCUCCAGCUGCUUGGUGGAAAACAUAUGGUUCUUUAACUCCAAACCUAUAAAAGUUUGUUGUAAAGGUUCUAAGUCUCCCAUAUAGUGCAAGUGGUUGUGAAAGAAAUUAGAGUGUAUUUGAG